GUGACGUCACGGACCCUACGUCCAUGUUUUUGUACAAUCCAUGCAUUUACCUCAUCAUUAUUGGCUAAGUCUGUCUCACGAAUGAAAGGGGACGUUGUGGUUUAGUAGUUUCAUUCUGAAACUUUAAGAUAAUGGCUUCAGUCACAGUUCUCUUCCUGAUUUUAUCUGUUUUCCCCUCUCAGAGUGAUCUUCGUUUUCUUCAGACACACGGCUGUGCAGCUGAAUGUCACUCUAAUGGUUCAGUAAUAUUUCUUCAAGGCACUGAUGAAUAUGCCUAUGAUGGACAGAACUCGAAAUUUACCCUCUCUAUGGACUGGAUACCUUUAGUUCCAGUUUCCAGCCUGGAGAAGAAAUGUUUAGAGACAUUAACCAGCUUCAUUGACCUUCAACGAGAGGAAAGGUUAAUCAAGGAAUCUCGUCCUGAAGUUUACUUCUCUGUAAAAGCAUCUGGAUCAUCAGAGCAGCAGGUUCUGCUGUGUUUGCCCUCGGUCUUCAACCGUAAACAUGUGCAGAUGGAGAUCAGACGUGAUCAGACGCCGUUACCUGAUGAACGGCUGAACUCAAGUGAGAUCAGACCAAACGCAGACGAAUCCUUUCAGCUGAAGAAGAGCCUGCAGAUCCUGCCGUCUCAAAGAUCGUGCUAUCAGUGUGUGGUGGAUGAAUGGAUUCUGAGAAAAACAGAUAGUGACAGUUUAGCUGAGGAUACUACUGUAGUCCCAGUCGGAGGCCUGUUGGGCGUUGUAACUUUAGUCAGUUUGAUUGUUGCUUCCGUCAUUGUUCUCACAAUUUAUCAACUGAUCAAAUAUAAUAAACAUCCAAAGAAGCAGAAAACACUGAAGACACCAUCACACGUGAAACUGUUGAGGCAAGAAAAGCGUGCAAGUUUGGCUCCAGCUUUAAAUGCUGCAUCAGAUGACAGUCUGAAGGAGGUUCUGACUGAGGAGCUUCAUGAAACUCAAAGUCUUUGUGAAGCUGAAGAGACUCCAGCAGCAGCUCCUACAGCAGCUCGAGGGGCUAUAGGCUCUAAAAACAUCUCUCUGCCUGAUUUUGCCAUGGAGAGAGAAGAUUCAGAUCAGAAAACUGUGACUCAGAAUACACUCUUGUUACCACUGCAAAGGCACGGAAGAUCCCAGACCAUUUCAAUGCCAGAUCUUGGUAAUAAUUGGUCAUUCAAACUAAAUAUAAAAAAAUUAACAUUUACGAUGUAAUUAGUCUACAUUUUAAAUGUAGGUUAUGUUAACAGCUUUGGGUUUUUUUAGCUCUUGAAAGAAAGAACAACAGUGACUCCAGCUAGAAGAUCAAGUGGUAUCUCAUGGGCUGUUUUGAUGAUUUUCCAUCAUGGAUGUCAAAAGCUUUAUAUGUGCUUUAUAUUCACUUUCCACAACAUCCACACAGUGUCCACUAUAUAAAUAGGUCAGAAACUGGAUGAUCCAUAUAGGCAUGUGUGGUCAGGAGACAUAAAUGGAGACAGUGUCAUUCUGUAGCAUGAAAUAAAACCCCUUCAUUGUGUCAACCUUACCGUUUUUUAUUCAAGAUAAAAUAUUGCCAUUGUACUGGUAUCAUUCAUUUGAAAUUAGAUUUUUUGUUGCAUAUAAGAUCAUAAUGAAACAAAGUAUUUUGAGAAUUAUGUGUGUUACUUCAAUGUUGUUAUAUACAUUUAAAUGUAAUAAUUUAGCUGACACUUUUAUCCAAAGCAACUUUUAUGCUCUUUGGAUUCGUUUACAGACUCGGGGUUCCCAUUGUCAUGAAAAAAAAUGUCUGGUAAUUGUAAAAUUGUGAUGUCCUUAUUCAAAGAAUGAUUCAGUGUGGAUCUUACAGCAGUUAAUAAAGUAAGAGUUGGUGUGUUUUUCUGUUUAUUCAAGUGCUUUUAUAAAUGGAGCAAUGAUUAUAGAUUGAUUUCUGAUUUCUUGUAAGCAGCAGAGGGCAGCAUGAUUCUGUGCAUUCUGUGAACAUUUACGAAACUCAUGAAGCUUUGUGUUUACUUUUAGUCCAUGUUUGUAUCAUAGACUUUAUAAAACAGGUUUGUACUUGAGAUCUGCAUAGCCAGAGAUGUAUUAACUUAUCACUUUAUCUUCUGUCAGUUGCACCGAUCAACUGCUGAAAUGUACAGUUUGAACCCAACUGGUGGCAUUCAUAUAGAAAUAACCCAAUACAAGUUAAGAAUAACCCAACAAGAGAUGCAGUGUUCUUUGUUUAACCCAGAUAUUGGGUACAAUAAACAAUCCAACUGUUUUAGAGCAUAGGAAAACAUAAUUCAUUUGAGUUUCCUGCUAUCAAAAUUUUGCAUACCUGGACAAAAUGUACUGGCUGUAAAUCUAUCUGUUCUUUAUUUAAAGUUGACAGUAUAUGGAAACUAAAUAAAGUUUUGUUAAUCCUAAAUAAGUGAAAAC